AUGGAAACGGACGAUUCCUUCGACUUUUUAUUUAAAAUAGUUCUAAUCGGCGAUAUGGGCGUGGGUAAAACAUGUGUCGUACAAAGAUUCAAAAAUGGAACAUUUAUCGAAAGACAAGGAACAACAAUUGGUGUUGAUUUCUCCAUGAAAACAAUGAUUAUCGAAGGCAAGCGUGUGAAGUUGCAAAUUUGGGAUACUGGUGGUCAAGAAAGAUUCCGCACAAUUACCCAAAGCUAUUACAGAUCAGCAAAUGGCAUUUUAUUAUGUUAUGACCUAACAUGUCGUCAGUCUUUUGAAUCACUUCAUCGUUGGCUGGAUGAUGUAUCGAAAUUUGCUGCACCAAAUGUCUGCAAGAUACUUGUUGCAACAAAAGCAGAUCUUGAAAAUGAACGUCUCGUCGAACGAGAUGAAGGUAGCGAAUUGGCAAAUGCAAAUGGUAUGUGCAUAUUCAUUGAAACAUCAUCAAAAAAUAAUUUAAAUGUGGAUAAUGCCUUUUUGGAAUUAGCGUGUCAGUUGAAGAGACAAUAUGAAGCAGGUGUACAUCUGGAUUCUCAGUUGGAUGCUUUCAAGAUUUCGCAAGGUACAACAACGAUCAGCUCCAAAUGGACUUCAUGUUGCCAUUAUUUAUGA